AGUUCGAUCCUGGGCAGCAACAAUCGGACGUAGUUUUUCUGUUUUUUAGAUAUUUGAGCCCAGUUCGAUCCUGGGCAGCAGAUUUUUGAGCCGAUAUACGGUAUGCCAUAUCUUCUAGGCUUGUAGUGAGAUGCGCUCAGUUAAUAUGUAGACGAAUAACACACCAAAACCCCGGUUUUCUGUCACGAGUUUUCGUCCGAAAUUCUCUUCCCCGAUCUCUGCCUCGUCUUCAACAACUAAAACCCAAAAACCAUUAUUGGCUUUGCUUGCUUGUUUCUUCCUCCAAAUGAAGCUUUUAUUCCCAAGAAUAUUGCCUCUGCGUCCUUUGUUCCCUGCUCAAAAGCUUUUGGCUUAUUUCUUCUCCUCGAAUGCCGGAGUUUCUCUGUACAGAAGGAUAUCACCGGUGGGUGACCCUAACGUUUCCGUUGUGCCAAUUCUGGAUCAGUGGAUCCAAGAAGGUAGGCAUGUGGACAAAGAAGAGCUUCAGAGUAUCAUCAAGGAGCUCAAAGAUUACAAACGCUUCAAGCACGCUCUCGAGAUAUCUGCAUGGAUGAGCGAGAAAAGGUACAUUCCACUUUCAAUGGAUGAUAUUGCCGCACGGAUGAACUUAAUCUCGAGAGUUCAUGGCCUAGAACAAGUAGAGAAUUAUUUCAAUAACAUCCCAGAAAACAUGAAAGGUUUUGUGGUUUAUACUGCUCUUCUCAACUGCUGUGCCUAUGAAAAGUCUGUGGAGAAAGCCGAGCUUGUUAUGCAGAAGAUUAUAGACAGGGGGUUUGCUAGGAAACCUUUAUGUUAUAAUAUUCUGAUAAAUAUGUACUACAAAAUCGGGGAACAUGAAAAACUUGAUGCCUUAGUGCUCAAAAUGGAGGAAAAAGGCAUCAAUCCUGACAAAUACACUCUCAGCAUCCGGCUUAGUGCAUAUGCUGCCAUCUCUGAUGUGGAGGAAAUAAACAAGACCGUUGAAAGGAUGGAAUCUGAUCCACAUAUAGUUCUGGACUGGAAACCUUAUUCCAUUGCCGCAAGUGGAUAUCUAAAAGUUGGGCUACUUGACAAGGCUUUAGAAAUGGUGAAGAAAUUGGAGGGACUGAUAGAAAAUUCCAAAUGGAGCAGUAUUGCAUUCGAUGUGCUUCUCAAACUGUAUGCUAAAAUGGGGAAGAAGGAUGAGCUGUACCGCAUCUGGGAACUUUAUAAGGAGAAGGGAAAAAUAUACAACAAGGGCUACAUAAGCAUGAUAGGCUCGCUUUUAGCAUUUGAUGAUAUCGAAGGUGCAGAGAAGAUUUUUGAGGAGUGGGAAUCCAUGAAAUUAACAUGCGACUUUCGUGUUCCAAAAUUAAUGAUUGAUGCAUAUUGUAGAAAGGGUCUUCUAGCAAAGGCUGAAGCCCUCGUAAACAAGGCCAUGACUAAAGGAGGAAAGCCUUCAUUUGAUUCAUGGUAUUAUUUGUCUUGUAGAUAUCUUGAAGAUAAUGAAAUAUCAAAGGCGUUGGAGACUAUGAGGAAAGCAGUUGCAUUAUGCCCACCUGGAUGCAAGCCCAACAAGGAAAUAUUGGCAACCUGUUUGGAGUACUUGGAAGGGAAGGGAGAUGUGGAAGGAGCUGACAAGUUCAUAGAUUUACUUAGGGUUGAGGGUAUAUUCUCUGCUCUUGUUCACGACAGGUUGCUGAAAUACAUUAAGGAUUUGAAACCAAACUCCAAUGAACCCUUUCAAACGGAAGGGAAUAUUUUGACUGGGGAUAGCAGCUUCUGAUUUGCCAAAACAUCUUAGGUCCCCAAGCUCAGGAGCCUAUAAAUCUUCUGGAAACUGAUUGGCAGUGUUUUCCAUAUGUCAUGCCAGGAAAGAGUGUCGGUUUCCUUCGUCAUGUUUAUGGAUGAUGGGAUUAUUAUUUCAGGAGACGCAGUAAUGCAGAUAUGCCUUACUGAUUGAGACUGCAAUUUUUUGGAUUCCGAAUCUUCUAGUCACUGAUCUCUAAUCAACUUUGUCAUUGUUCUACAUAAUAUCUUCCCAUAAAAGCCAACAGUUAAAUUAAUUUAAUCGAGUUUUCAUGCGAUUUAAAUUUGGCUGGCCUUUUAUGCAUGGUAUCAGACUAUUGACUGGUAGUAUCUACACCAUGCAGUUCUGAAAUUGAUGAAUAAUAUUCUGCAAUUAUGUUCUCUAUCAUAGCAUAUUUAUCUGGGACUGCAGGAGAGACAAAAAGAGGCAAACCUGUCCUUUUUGUGCAUCCAAAACCUGGCUACUAAAUGAAUUAGGAAAAUGUAGUGGCAAAUUAAGCUGGACUGGUUUUGUGCCAUGCAGAGGGG